UCCACUCAUUUGUUCACGGGUUUUGCGGGCGAUCGUGUUGUCGUGUGUUGUAUUUUCUUGUGAAUUGCACGAUUUCGAUUUUGCGGUGGGGUAUAUUACGUACGCAUUUUUCUUUUUAAUUAGAUGAAUAAAAUCGUCAAUAAAUCCGGUUUUUUAUAACACGAAAUCAAUUUUGAAUUGCACUACAGAACGUCUAAAUGUAAUUCUAAAUAAUAUCGAUUAAGAACAAGUGAAAUAUUGUGAAUUUAGAUUAGUGAAAAAGCCUACAUUCAUUGCAUCGGUUUAUGUGUGUGAGCGCUGGAUUGUUGCGCUAACCCCUCGUACCUGCUGUUGAUUAGCCGUCCUUCGCCGGAUUUGUACGCAUCUUUAUGAACUGCUUGAUUAUUCCAAGCCGCCUAUUAUUUGUGUGUGUGCGCAAACACAGCUUGUAACAGUAACAAUAUAAAUGGGACGUGUGUUUAUAGCUAUUUGCAUACAUUCCUUUUAAUUGAAUUUGCUUCAGUUUGAAAUUCAUCUCUAAUAUAGUGCAGAUUAUAUGAAUUAACUGAAGCACUAAACGCUUCCGUAACAAACGUACACCAGCAAUACUCUUUUGUAGACCCUUCCUAGCUUUUUGACGGUGCUGGGACAGAUUUGUCCAGCUGUAGUGCGUUAGAGAAUCACAUUUCCCAAUCCGAAGUCAAAAUGACGUUACAAGAGUUAUUGAAUUACAAAUACCUGACAAAAGAACAACUGAAUGGCUUUGACAACUACAAAUACAGCGCGCGUGAUACCUCACCCCUGAGCGUAUAUGUAAUGCAUCCAUUCUGGAAUUGGACUGUCAAAUUCUUUCCCCGUUGGCUGGCACCAAACGUUAUGACCUUUCUUGGCUUCCUUUGUACAGUAGUAAAUCUGUUACUUCUAUCCUAUUAUGAUUGGAAUUUCUACGCCAGUUCUGGCUUACCGAAUACUACUCCCAUACCAUCUUGGGUGUGGUUAUGCUGUGCUGUAAAUAUAUUCUUGGCCUACACAUUAGAUGGCAUUGAUGGGAAACAAGCACGCCGCAUUGGUUUAUCUGGUCCGCUGGGUGAACUCUUCGAUCACGGUCUCGACUCGUAUACUGCAGUGCUGAUACCCACAUGUCUGUAUAGCAUUUUUGGCCGCAGUCUCGAGUACUCUGUGGCGCCUGUACGCAUGUACUACGUAUGCUGGAUGGUGUUCUUCAAUUUUUAUGUUUCUCACUGGGAAAAGUAUAAUACAGGUGUUCUGUAUUUACCGUGGGGUUACGAUUUGAGCAUGUGGGGUUCAACAGCUAUGUACCUGUUGACAUGGUGGUUCGGCUAUCAAUUUUGGCAACACACACUACCCAUGGGUAUCACGCUCGGACAUAUGAUGGAGUUCGUUUUGCACAUCAGCGCUAUGGCCAAUACACCGAUGGUGAUAAUUAAUGUGUACAACUCAUACGUGCAGCGUACGGGCAAAAUGCGUUGCUUCAGUGAAGCAAUGCGUCCAUUAUGGCCACUUUUGGUAUUCCUUGUUAUAAUGAUGCUGUGGCCUUUCAUCUCACCGAAUGAUAUCAUGGAGAAAGAUCCACGUAUUAUGUUUUUGCUGAGUGGGACAAUAUUCUCGAAUAUCAGUUGCCGUCUGAUUGUGGCGCAAAUGUCCAAUACGCGUUGUGAUGUGUUUCAUUAUAUGAUGCCAAUAUUCUUGGUCUUCGUGGGCAUUGGCUUAUGGAUACCGCUACUCGAGCGUCUAAUGCUCUAUGUUCUAUUCGUCGUCACCACACUAACACACUGGCAUUACGGCACAAAUGUGGUGAACGAAAUGUGCGAGCAUUUCAAUCGCAUUUGCUUCAGCGUGAAUAAGCGGGAACCAGCCGUUCGAAAUGCCCAAGACGUACGUCUGCGUGACAUGGAGAAAACCGACUAAACAAUGCAACCAAACCAAAAAAAAGACAAGUGUGCUUAUGCAAAUGCAAAAAUAAAUCAUUUGCAGUUAGGCAAAAACAAAAGUAACAGGAGGCUCGAUAUAAACGUUUACCCUUUACUUAAUAAUUUACCGGUAAGAAAGUGUUUUCGAAGCAAGUUUAGCUUUAUUGAUUGGUCUCGGUAAAGUGCAGGUAUGUACAUAUGUACAUUGAAAUAUAUUAAUAUAUAUUUUUGCUACAUAGCGGUCUCUCAUAUUUUUGUGCAUUUACAAACCGUGCAAUGAAUUCGUGCUCUCUAAAUCGUGAUCUUGAAAAAAUUGUCACUAAAUAAUAGGUUUUUGAAUACGGCAAUGCCAUUUAGUGUCAAUAAAAUAAAGACAGCAUAGAAGUAGAAGAUUAGUUGGCAGCUCUGUUCAUUUAAUUUCAUACUAAAUUCUAAAAAGCUUGAAGUGAAGUGAUUAUUUAUUAUGCAACUGUAAUAAAAAGCGUAUAAUUAAUAAUUGUAAACAGCCAUAUAAUUUAAACUAUUUAUUCUAAUUCAUUAUUUCUCGGCGCCUUCGUGCAUAUGCUCUGUCGAAGUGAAGUGGGUGCUGAAACUAAAAUUUUUACUAAAUUUAAAAAUGUAUUUAUUAGCUAUUGCGCUUUGUUUUGUUUAUUUACAAUAACUAUGCAUUUUCUUAUUGUUUUCGGCAAUAUUUUUCGCUCACUUAGCACCACACAUCACUUGCCAUUAAUUUCUUCGUUAAUUCUUCGCCUCAUUUCACAUCACUUAAGUUAAUUAUAAGUUUAUAGUAUUUAUUUUGUGUAUUAUUUUAUUGCCAACAAAAUAAUUUAUUUAAAUGAAGUUAUCAAAUGUUUACCAAUAACCGCUUAGACCUCUUAAUAUUUUUAUUUGUAUAAAUAUUAAUUUAACGCAAAUUUCAUAAAUUUUAUUUUUAUAAAACUAAAAGAAAUAUACAUACAUACAUACAUACAUAUAUACUUAUGUAUAUAGAAAAGUGAAAUGUGAAUAUGUCAUUUUGUGUUCGUGAAACUUUUGAACUCGAGCUUUAUGAUGCAUGUUUAAGUUUAGUUUUUAGUUAGUGAAAAUUAGCUACUUCCGAAUAUUGUGUAUGUGUGCAUAGACGAAACAUACGUAUGUCUUCGAAAAUACAAUAUAAAUAAAUAAACUAUAUAUUUAAGUAAAACUAGUGUUUUAGACUGAAUAAAACUGUGCGCAGCUUUAAUGGCGUACAACAAGACAUUAGAACAACAAGAUAUUAAAACUAGUUAAAUUUUGUUUAAAUAUUUAGUUCAAAAUUCUAAUUUUCUAAAAUCAGAAAAAUAAUUUAUAGUGCGCUGUGCAAAAGAUAUUAAUUUAACAUUUUAUUUGUUUAAGUUGCCUUUGUGUAUAAAAUUAAAUAUACAUAAAUACAAAUAUAUUUUUGUGCGAAAAAAUUUCUACUUCCAAAUAAAUUAGUCAGCAAAAAUAUUUAAAAAAAUAUUAAAAUAAUUUAAAAAUAUUAAAGCAAAAAAAAAAAAAAUAUUUUCAAUAUUCAGUUAUUUUCAAUUUCCUAGAAAGACGUACAACAUACGCUCUUUUUAUAACUAGAAACUUUGUAACAUGCAGUGCAAAACCAUAAAAUCUUUCCUAAAUGCAAUAUUGUAACUAAAUAAAUAGCGAAGACAAACCACAGACACAGUGUAAUUUGAAAAGACAUACCACAUAGCUUAAUUUCGUUCAGUAACUAGCGUUGAAAUGUUAAUUAUUUAUGCAGUAUGCACCUAUGUAUAUGUAUACUUUUAUUUAUGUAUUGUAUAUAAAUAUGUACAUGUACAAAAAUUAAUGAGAUUAAAGAAACAUACAUACAUUGCUGAUACAAA